GUAUUACUCGAGUGCGCAUCUCAGUGCGUGGAAAGCCUCGGUACGCGUGAAUUCUCCGGCCGAGUCGAAAGAAAUCGCGCACACUCCCUCGAUUACCUCGACGUUAACGAUACGUGAGAUAAAAUGUGAGAUUUGUAGUCGAGUAUAAAAGAGGAAAAGAACGAAACGUACGGAGGGAAGCAUUCUCGCCAAGAUGAAGUAUCACCGGCGACAAUGUAUUCACUUGCUUCUGCAAGUGAUCCUGCUCGCCGCGAAUUGCCUCGCGGAAAACCUGACCCUUAGUAUAAACUUCGAGAGGCGAAUCUUCGUGACUAAUGGAGCAUUUCUCAGCCUCACCGUGGAUCCGACGACGUUACUAAACCACAUCAAUGUUCUCACCGAGAACAUUGGAAUCUGCACAAACAUGGUGCAAGGCCUGGCACCCGCCUAUGUCCGUUUUGGAGGGCCAUGGAGUAACUCUUACAUCUACGACCGUGUCGACGUCAAUCCAAACGACAUGCUUCUCGAGACUCAUUCGACACUGAUACAUCGAUGGGCGGAGAACGCCGGAUUGGACGUGAUCGCGUGCAUUUCCCCGCGCUACAUCGCAGACAAGUCGGGAACGUGGGAGCCGACGAACCUGACGCAAUUGCUUUCCUUCAACGAUCGCAUGGGUCACAACGUUAGCUGGCAGUUGGGUUACGAAUGCCAAACGAGAUGUGACUUGUCGGGCGGCGAUCUGGGACGAUACGUCGCGAAUUUGCGCGAAACGCUAAGAACCUAUCCGAGAUACUCCGACAACCUGAUCACGGGCCCGGAUAUCGUGGCGUAUGGAACGGCACAACAACGGCAAUACCUUCGCGAUUACCUGAGCAGCGCGGGUGAUGCUCUCUCGGCGAUCACGUGGCAUCCCGACUUUGCCGGCAUCACUGUACACGGGAACGACAUUUCCGUGCAUUCUGACAAUAUGGCUUCCGAAAAGGAUGAGCUAUACAAAGUCAUCGGUGAUAUCGCGCUGGACAUGCCACUAUGGAUCGCGGAGUCAAAGCCGGAAGACUACAAGCAUAGCUAUCUAGGUGCACUUACAUGGACAAGAAGACUCGGGAACGCCGCGAAACUCGGUGUGCAAGUUGUGAUGAGGCAAUUCUUGGAAUUUAGUAGACCGACUCCUGAUUACUGGGUAUCCUUCUUGCAUAAGGCUCUUGUGGGACGUGAAGUUUUGGAGGUGGAAGUUCAAUCCGACGAUGAGAGCCACGUGCACUUCUACAGUCAAUGUACCAGACCGUCCGAGCAGUACGAGAAGGGAGCCCUCACAAUUUUCGGGGUGAACUUAACGCCGAGAGAAGUGAUCGCUAAUCUGAAGGGUUUCAAGAUCAAAACUCUCCAUGAGUAUAUCUUGUCACCGGAUUCUGCGGCUGGCAAUAAAAUGUUCACAAAGAGAGUCUUAUUGAACGGCGAACCACUCAACUUAAUAGACAACUUGAAGCUGCCCGACUUAAAUCCAGAGAUCGUUACCGAUUCUGACGGUCUUCAACUGAAGCUCGCUUCUAACAAUAUAGGUUUUUGGGUUAUACCCAACGCAAAGGUAAAAGCUUGCACAAACGAUGAGGAGGGAACAACCAAGGACAUUGCAACAAAGAAAAUAUCGAAACGACAUAUUACUCGACAAGUCGACGAAGGAGAGGGACAAGAAAAAGAAGAUAUAAAUUCGUCCAAUUCAAAAAAUCGAAAGCUUCGUGCCAAGCAAGAAAGAAUAACGCUUAGAAACGACAGAAAUGAAAUUCGAAGAAGGCUCUCGAAAACUAAAUUAUAUAAAAUAAAAAAACUUUUACAGAAAAGGCAGCAGAAAGAAGGUAAUGAAACCUCUAUUUUAGAAAAACCGUCCACGAUUAAUUUCACGAGAAAACAAGGGAGUGCACCCGAAGAGGCGGAAAUACAGCAAAACAUAGACAACGAACAAUUCGAAAAAACAGAGAAACCUAAUAACGAAACAAAAAUCAACAAUAUACACUGGAUUCAAGACACACCGGAAAAAAAUAAUUAUACCCGGCUGAAUAGAAAGUCUCGAGCGGAACAUUCUUUCAAGCCAGAAAUGCGUGACGUCAACAAAGCUAUAACGCUGAUAUCAAAGAUCGAAGCACUGCUUCAACCUGAGAAAGAAGUUACGUCGAACGACGUCAAAGACGAAAUAAGAAAUUCAGGAGAUACUGUAAUUGGAAUGAAUGGGGAAGUUAGUAAGAAGUUUGGCGAGCUAGCGGAAAAAUCUGAAAUCAAUACAAUCGAGGAAAUCGAAAAGUAUCUUAACGUUUUUCACGAUUUAUUAGAAAACAACGAAUUAAUUACCACAAAUGUCGGGAAUAAUCAAAUUCCUAUUCAUGAGAGUUUGACGAACAAGAAAAGACACAUCAGAGACCUAAGCAAGAGGUCGGAGGGCUCCAGGAAGGAUAUAAGUGUGAGGCACCGGAGAACAGGCGACUUAGAAGGUUGGAUUAAACGAAAGAUGAAAAAAAGGAUUGAUGACAGGAAGGAGACGUCGCCUGCUGCGUUUGAUUUGAGGAAAUUGAAUCGCAGAAGUAUCCUUCAUAGUUUGUUUCGGCGAUAUCCUUUCAAGAGGUUCCUUCAAAGUAAUAGCUAUGGCGACUCUCAGCAAUCAAUAUUCAACAUUCAGGAGCGCGGAAGACCGACGAGAGACGUGGAUAGAUUAACCGAGAUAAGCGCGAGGAAGGACGGUAUCUUCAGGAAGCGUGCGAAGUUCGAUGACAUGAGAGAUCACGUGAAUGAGAAGAAGUCAAAGCGGAAGGACGAUUUUAAAUGGGAAGUACCGUUGAGCCUACUCAAUCCAAGAAUCGUAGGCAGCCUCGAGAGCGGCUUCCUCCGACGAGAUCCUAUCAAGGGAUUCCCUGAAGGCGAUGUUUUUGUCACCACAGGUGUGUCGGCCGAGCGCAGCGGCCUAGACUACGUGGAGGAUGACGAGGAUGACUCGGGGAGGAAAGACCAACAGCAAGAACGAGAAUCGACGGUUGAAAGUGCCGAGGAUUCUUGGAUGGAGACCAAUGAUGAUCGACGCGAUUACACGCCGAAUGAAUUCUACGAGAACGUCUACUUACCGAACGCGAGGAUCCGUGAGAACGCCAAGGACUACGAUGACCUGUACGAAGCAGAGUUUGUCUUUGGCAAUCGAGAAAAUAAUAAAGAUAGCUCGGCCACGACAGAUUAUUUACAGCCAUUCGAUGAGGAGAAAACAAAGAGAAUUGAAGAGAGAAGUGCGCAACAAUUGGUGGACUACCAAUCCGAUAAUUUCGAAGAAAAAGAAUACAAUCGGGAUGCUAAUUACGAAGUACCUGGAUUUCACUUAAGUCUCUCGACGCCUCUUCAUCAAUUGACUGAAAUUCCAGCUGCGAAGAACGAUUUUACUAAUUACCAAACGUCAGAAGUCGCCGAAACCGCCAGACAGAAAUUACAAGAAGAAUCGAAAAUUUCGAGCUUCUUUUAUCAACCCGCUCUGGACUCUUCUGCAAAAAACGAUUACGGCAAUUUCCAGGUUUCAAUUAUAAGACCUAACGUUGAGUACAUGGGAAGUCCUAUCAACAAUAGAGACAAUAGUUACAAUAAAAGAAACAAAAGAAGCUACUGGAAAAAUCUACAAAGACUCUUCGACGAGGAGAUGAUCAAGGAAGAUCCAAGCAAUGCCAAGGAUUGCCGCUGCAGAGUUAUUCGAGCUCAUAACUCGCCAAAGGAGUAUUACAAUAAUCGCAGGAAACGCGACCAGAUGUCCGUGAUCGAAUCCGCGGCUUCAGAAGCUGCGGACGAGAAUGCAAAAGUUAACCCAGACUUAGCGCGACCUGUAAGGAACAUGCCAAGUCCUAUUACGAAGGAGGAAUUUGACAGAAUUAUGACAGGGGAGAUACUUCCGAGUACGAGUGUAAUCGAGACUGACUCUGAUUACAAUAGACGUGAUGCCGUAACUAUAAGAUCUGUAAGAUCAAGCAAGUCGCAUCGUAGAGCAAAUAAAGCGAUGCAGACGAUGGACGUAGAUUCGACAAUAGAUGGUGUUCAGCCUCUUUUAGACACGAGCGAUACUUCUGCGCAAAGAGUCAUGGAAGAGCAGACGUUUUUUCGUGCCCAACCAUCAGCCACAUCGGCGGAAAACGAGGAAACGACGUAUGAUCCUGUUGAAGCUGCUAUUGCGGUUUCUUCACGCAAUAAGAAAAAUCGGCAGGAACCUUUUGCAUCCGAGAGUGCACAGCAAGCACCGGCCUAUCUUUGCGAGGAGACGCAGGAUCUGAAAGAGGAGACUCAACGAGAAUCGACUGAUGCAAGCACCAAAGACGGAAAGGAGAAAGGAGGAACAUGCAGCGUCCGCGAAGACAGUUCGAAGCUAGCCGAAGAAACAAUAAAAAGUAUAGCUCAAGAGCAAAUGACGACGGAAACGUCGAAGCGUGCAGCGCGCAAAACGAUCGACUCAAGAUCGAACAAGUCGAAAACUAGGAAAGAAUCCAAGGAGUCUCAGCAAAGCGAGAACGAGCCGAGCCCGAGUGACAAGUACAGAGAUCGAGCGCGCGUGAGAGAAAAAAACGACCUGAGGACAAUAACGUCCGUGGUACAGGAUUUUCCGAAGACGCAGUUGAAAGACCUCGCUAGGUACGAGGAGUACUUGGUGAGGCGCAGAGAGCUGAUUCAAAAUCUGAAGGAGAAGUUGAAAGAGAGACGGCAAAAGAACCGCAAAGACCCGGCGAAAAUCGCCGACGAACUGACGCGGAAUCUCACGAGAAGAGAGGCGUGGGAGAGGUUCUACGAAAACAGCGAUCUCCGUCAGUCGAUCGACCAAGAGAGGCUACUUAGAUUUCUAGUCAGCGAUAUUGAAACCCAAGCAGGUAACGAAGGCGACGAUGACGACAACGACGUGAAGGACGAGGAGGACGAAGAGGACAGGUAUCUUCCCGUUCAGUUCGUUCCCGAGCGAUACGACAGUCCGCGAGAUCAAACCUAUUCACGCGCGAACGUGAAGCAUUAUCCGGAAUAUUAUUCGCAUUAUUACUACUUGCAACACCCGAAAGUCACCAAGGUCGAACAAGAGCCCGUGACAUCGUACGCGACAUCAACUUUGGGUCAUAGGAUAUUCGCCAUCGAUCCCUCGACGUAUUGCGGUGGCGAGCCGGUUUUGGAACUGCACGAGGAAUACUUGGAACCUGCCCCAAAAUAUUCGUCAAAAAUAAAAUUCCAAACUCCGGCUCCGAGGUGGCCGCUAAACGACUUCUAUCGACCUCUCGUGAGACCAAUAAAGGUUUAUGGAGAUCAACGGACUUUCAAGCCCUAUGACAAUUAUUACGGUCGAGAGUACACGAGAAAGUCGCAGAUUAAGGACGCUCGUGAACGAGAAAACGCUGUCGCCUUGUAUCUUCUGGAUAAGCACCGGCAAUAUGACUUACCGGAGAAACUCGCCGAACUCCCACGAAUUUAUUUGAGCGUUCUUGACAGGCGAGAUAUUAAUCAAGCUACAAAGGAUAAAACGACGAGUGACUCGAGCAACGACGAUGCGAAAUCCGGGCUUACAACGACUAGGAAAGUUGGUCUGCCAAAAGAGAUCGACGAGGAAUACACGGGAACCAACAAAUAUACGCAACAGGAGGAACUUGGCGAUUACUAUAAUGAAAAUGUUGGGGAGGAGAUUGAUAGGUCCCAAGAGAUAAACGAUGAGGUUGACGACAGUACAGAUACUGAUGCGUCUAAGAUGAAAACCCAAAAUGCCGAAGAAAGAAUUGCUGAUGGCGAUUUUAAAACUAGCGAGCUUCUCGACACUUGGAAUACUACUCCUCGCAGUCCAAGCAAAGCUAUAAAACAAAUGGCCGACAAGUCUCGACAGCGAACUCGACGAAGCAGAGUAGACGCGAGAACCGAACUGGAUCACGACAAGUACAUCUGCAUGAAGGAGGAGGAUUCCAAGGAGAUAUCUAGCGAACAGUCGAUACCACUUUAUCAGCUGACAAGACUUUUAUCGGACGCGGUUUUGUUUCGCAAACUAAAAGACUACGCGACCUUCUCGAGCAAAGACUUUGAUAGGCAGGGAGAGAAACAGUUCUCAAAAUACAUGAUCCUUAUGCCCGAUAAAAUCAAAGACGUUCACUCGUAUGAAAUGUCAGAAGCGAAGAAUUCCGAGAGAUCCUCGAAACGUUUCGAAAAGUCGCGUUGGUUUAACCGAUACCUACCGAGAAGAAUAACGAAUGCCGUAGUCAAAUACUUGAAUGAUGUAUCUUCGGAAGAACUCGAGUACGACUAUUCUCUGGAUACAAGCGGAAGUGUUGAGAAGAUCUGGGACGAAGAAGUUUCGUAUUCAUCAGAUUAUUCGAACGAAAGCAGUGAGAGAAGGCGGAAGGCUGCCAAAAACGUUGCGGAGAUCGGUCGCGAUUCGAGAGAGGAAAAUCAACAACACGGAAUAAAAAGCAAAGAAUCCCACGGGCAUUUAAAAAUGAAGGACCAGAUGCAAUACGAGGAGCAUCGAGCAUUUAUGCCGCUUCCCGAGAAAAACGAGAAAACGAAGAGACAACGAAGACAAGUCGAGAUCAACGAGGAGGAACCAAAUAAAUCCAUUCUGACCAAAGACGACAACGAUCAAUAUUAUUUACAACGGAACAGUAUUGACAAGAAAGGCACAAGUACAAAUUAUCUGCACUCUCAAAAGGACGGAAGAAUUGGCGAUGAUCUUCUCGAGGACUUUGCGAAAUCCCGAAAGAACGUUAUCACUUCUACGGGAAAUCAAGGAAACAAUGAAAGUUUAGAAAAUACCAUUGCGAAAAGUGACAAAAAGAUGCCAUCCUUCAUGGAAGAAACGAUUCCGAACUUACAACGCGUCAUUGUGGAUGGUUUGGAAAAGGCGAAGGAUCUCACGGAAUCCGUGGAGCAAUUUGUCGAUCAUUUCGAGGAGGACUUUAAUGAGACUUUGGCGACGGACGAAGAGACAAGCUCGACAAAUAAAACUUCUGAAAGUACCAGCAAUCCUUUCCACUUAGCGAUUAUAAAUUUGAAGAAAUUGUUCACGCUUUUCACAGGAAUAUCUUGAAUAUUGCAUGUAUAAAUUUUAUAAAUUUAAUAUAACGUAAUAUUUCUGUAACAAUAACUCUGAUUUUUAAUAUAUAAUAUAAUAUAAAUUUAAUAAAUAAUUGUGACAUUUA